AUGCCAAAGAGAUAUAUAUUCCUCGAAGAAGGGUGUAAACCUACUUUACGUAAAGUUCACACCUCAAACUUGUUUGACUUACUUCAACUUUCGCUUCGUGAAGAAAAUUACUGUCGUGCCACCCGAAUCGUUGAGAUUCUGUUACAAUGUCCCGAGACAAACGUUACUUUAAUUUGGCAGGCGGCUGUGGAAGUAUUAACGCACUUUAAUUACUCAAAAAAAGUCUGCGUGGAAUUCUUCAACAAAUUAUUAAUAUACACCAAAAGUGUGAGUGAAAUUCUGCUGGAAUUGAUCUUUUUCCAGAUGAAGUCUGGAAAUUCGGCGGAGGCACUCGAAACUCUCGAAACAUACUUACCACAAGUGCCAUUCUGUGAUAAUCCACUUUUUCACGGUUAUACAGGCUUAUUGGCCUACGCACUAUGGGAUCAUCUAGGCGUUGCUAAUAAUAUUUCUUAUAUAUCGUCAAAUGGACGAGAGGAAGUAGAACGAUCAGUUAUCGAGCAUGACGACGAACAUAUUAUGGAAGAUGAUGAGCAUCACAUGGAAGAAAGAAUGAGAUAUUACAAUUUAAGUGCCAGAUCUCUCAAAAAGUCUUUAGACAUGGACAUUAGAAAUGAUAUGUUUUUCGUGUAUUAUGUUAAGUUAUUAUUAGCCGGCGAAGAUUUUGAAGAAGCAUUUCAUAUAAUCGACACUUUUUGUGACAAAAAUCCGCAUGCUUUGACUGGCCAUAGAAUCCGCUUCGAGACCUUGUACUAUCAUCGAAAUGAAAAUGCUGAGUGGGUCAAUGCUGGAAAGGAAUAUCAUAAGAUAGAUCCAUUAAGUCCACCUGAAAAGGUAGAAAGUACAUGGUUUGUCUACUUAUCCAAAAAUGUUAAAUGUGCUAAUCAAAGUUUAAAAUCAGAGCGAAAAAAGGAUGAAGAGACAUUAGUCAAUGCACAUUAUAACAUAGUUGAGCUGUUUUUUCAACGUGUCGAGCAUGGGGAUGAUAAAACUUAUUACCUGAAAAAGUUACUAUUUCACUUUGUUUGGUUAGAGUACGUACAUCUUUUUGUUCACAAAUACAUUGUUAUCUAUUUGUGCCAAUAUUAUGGCAAUGCAUAUGUGGCUACAUUCACUUUACAUGCUUCCAUUAGGUUCCUCGAAUUGAAGCGCGGGUUAAUUGAUACCCUACUUGAAACUCGUACCAGUUGGUAUAAAUCGUUCACCUUGAAUCAGAAACAUAAAACCAGAGAUCAUGCUGGGCUCUACAUUCUGAUGACUGUUCUUUUAGGUGGUCGUUUUCACGAAAAAGAGGUCAAUGCAGAGAAAUUCAAAGAGCGAGUGUUGAAAGCUACGUCACUAAGCCACGGUAACCGACCAACUAAAUAUAGAAUCGAUGUUCACGAGAGCAGUUUUUCCGAUCAAAGCGAUAAUGAAGUAUCUUUCGAAUCUUCGGAAUUUCAUUAUAAUGAUUAUGAAAAGUUCGAUGAAGACUUGUCGACUGUUAAAGAAAAGGAAUCAGUUCUAGAUGACUUUUUUGCAGAAAUCUUGAAUGAAAUACUACAAUGA